AUGACACCAAUAGAAAGAGGAGUAUCGCCAAUUGGAGAAAAAAAGGCAAUAUCGCCAUUAUUCUUUAAGGGUACAGUUAUACAAGGUUUUGGUAGAGGUAGUAAACAAUUGGGUAUUCCAACAGCAAAUCUACCAGUUGAAGAAUAUGAAUCAAUUUUAAAUGAUAUUCCAAUUGGAGUAUAUUAUGGAUGGGCAAAUGUACAUGGAGUCAAUGAUAACAAGAUUUACAAGAUGGCGAUGAGUAUUGGAUGGAAUCCUUUCUACAAGAACACUAAAAAGACGAUAGAGAUACACUUGAUCAACAAGUUUGAACAAGAUUUUUAUGGACAUCAAUUAAACGCAAUUGCAGUCGGAUUCAUCAGACCAAUGUGCGAUUUCUCAAGCCUUGAUGAAUUGAUCAAGGCAAUCAAUGACGACAUUGAAUAUGCACAACAACAAUUAGAUCAACAACCACAAUACCAAAAUCACGAAUUCUUUAAACAUUGUUUCAACUCUGGAGCUCAACAACAACAAGAAGAACUUGAUACUUCUCAACAUAGUCAUACUGUAUUAAAUUUAACUAAACCAUAA